AUGCGACCCCUGAAGAACCGUUGCAUUCCUGAAGCUAGGAGUUCUGAAGCUCAGAGACCAUCCGGCAAGGAUAUGCCUAAGGCUGGCAAGGAACAUGCAUCUCCCAACACACAAAAAACAUUCAACUGGAUGCUUGUGAAGAGACUGGAGUUUAUGCUUUAUGCCAUUUUUGGUAUUUUAGCUGCUAUGAGUUUUUUCAUUCCCCCAUUAUUUUUGGUUCCACUUAGCUACAGCCUAAGGAUAGAUGAGUCUUGGACUGCAUCUCUCCUGUCCAUUUUGGCUAUAGCAGACUUCAUGGGCAGGCUGUUGUGUGGCUGGUAUGCUAACCUCAACCUUACCAGGACUAUACACUUACUGACAAUGACAGUUGUUCUGAUCAGCACGUCUUUGAUGUUAUUGCCACUGGCUAACAAUUACUUGUCUCUGGCAAUAUUCACUGGCUUCUAUGGCUUUUUCUUUGGUGCGACAGUGUCCAUCCACAUCACAGUGCUGGCAGAAGUUGUGGGUAUGUCAGAUUUUGACAGUGCCUUGGGGCUCUUUAUGCUCAUUCGAAGCACUGGAGGUUUUCUGGGGCCUCCUCUUGCUGGUCUGAUUGUGGACAUGGCAGAAGAUUACAGCGCAGGGUUCUACAUAGCAGGAGCCACUCUCAUCAUAUCUAUUGUAUUUUUGGUCGUUAUAGAUCAACUCCAGCAGAAGAAAGAGCAAGAGAACGACACAGACACUAAACCAAAGAAGCAAAUCCUGCUAUUCCCUUCCCUUAAUUUCCUGAAACUUAAGACUGGAAAGUGUCAAGAACAAGAUAUGGGGGUGUGACUAUUGCUAUUUAUCUCUAAGAAAAUUUGAGGGCUUAUUUAAAUGUUUUAGUUUAAUACAUUCCAAAUCCCCUCCCCCUCCAAGGCUAUCGAAGUGGUGUUUACAAAUUUUUUGCUGAUAUUCUGUGUAGGGCUAUGCGAAAUUAAAAAAAAAAGUCACAACAAUUUGCCUGCAAAAAAACCCACAAAUUUUCACAUAUUUU